CAGUGUAGAAGUGUUUCUGUUCUUCAUAUUUUGAGUUUAUUUUAAGUCAGUUUUACAAUUACAAAAAUCAUGUGAAUUUGUAAAUCCGCUUUAUUAAUUAAAUGUAUGUGCUCUGUGUGUGUGGUAAUAUAUAUACACCAAUAGAGGGUUACCCACUUGAAUAUGACUACAUUUGGAGGUUAUCUCAUCUCACUAAACAGGUAAUGGCAGAGCAUUUCAAUAGUUUCAGAUGUAAUGCAUCUGAAUGGCUGGCUGUCAGUGAAAUGCCUGUAAUUCCAACAGUUUUUAAGAGACUAAUGCGGAUAAUGAGUUGGACGGGAGCCUCAGAUGGAUUUGGAGGAUGUUUAGUCACCAGUGGAGGAUAGUUUGUGAGCUGUCCGCCAUACAUCGGUCUGGUAUGCUCAUGAAAAAUCUUCAUUCAUGCAUUUUUAGUAGAAAGUGGUUGAACUGGUUUCCUGUUCUGAGAGUAUAGUGACGCACAAUUAUACAAAUGGGGGAACGUCAAACUCAGGUGCUUGUAAGGAAUCACUCAGAGAUACACCACACGCUGCUGGCCAAGAGCAGGCACCUCAGACAUAUUGUGCUUUAGUGUACAAUGAUAAGGAGUCUCUAGCAGAGUGUAUUUUCACACCAAUCUCGACUAAUAAGUGCACAAGAGGACAUUUUCAAAAUGGACUCCCAUGGGUCUUCGCUGGACCACGUCCAGUCCCAGCUGGGUGGUGUGGAGAAGGUGUCUAGCGGCUGGCAGAAGCCCACUCAUUCCAGGAGCAGCAGCACAGCAUCCUCACGUCACUCACGGCUGAACAUUAAAGACUGGGAAGUAAUGAAUGACUUUCCAGUGGAUGUGACCUUCCCUGGAGAAAACAUGCAGGAUGCGAACACUCCAGGAGUCUGUGACGGCUAUUUGAUGAAGAGGAGAAAGUGGCCUCUUAACGGGUGGCAUAAGAGAUACUUUGUCUUGGAUAAAGGGAUCUUGCGAUAUUCAAAAAACCAUCAUGAUUUUUCCAAAGGGAAAAUGCACGGUUCACUAGAUGUAAGUCUUGCAGUUAUGUCAGUGAACAAAAAAGCAAGGCGCAUAGAUCUGGAUGCUGGAGACAUUCUGUAUCACAUGAAAGCCAAGACUCCAGAUUUAUAUUACUUAUGGGUCACCAAGCUGAGUGCCCACAGGAUGUAUAAGAAAAACGAGGCUGCACACGUUCACAAUGGCUUCCUCCAGGCCCUGUCCCAGAGCAGUCAUUUAUCUCACAAAAACAGUCCCAUGCAGGACAUGGGCACGUCUUAUGUGGGUGAACCUCUGCCAUGUGUCAAUCCUGCCGUUAAUGGGAAAGUGUCAGCUUGGCUACAGACCCAAGAACCUGACAUCUGUGCACAAGAGCUUACCCGUUGUCAAAUGGAGAUGAAUGAGCUGCAACGGCUGGUCCAAAAGUUGCACUCUCUUGAGUCUGGCCAAACGGUCGAUAACGGAGAUCUCCAGAGAAUGAUCAGCAUGCAAAAUCUCCUUCUCGACAAGCACAAAAAGAAGAGUGGAAAGAUUUGGGGUCAUUCACGCACUCUGUCUCGAGUUGAGGCUCUUGGAACGCCAUUUCGCGGGAUUACUAAAUCGCUAUCAUCAAGCCACCUGUCCAGUUCUGCCCACCUGGGAACCUCUGUCCCUUCAAUCCCUGAUUAUGUCUCCACCCAGGCAACCCCACCAGCCUCCACCUCAGCAGAAAGCAAGAAACUCCACCAAGACAUCUGCUCCAUGUCCUUGAAAGUCCAUGCCUCUUUGCGUACUGCACAUGAGGCACUUGCUCAGGAGCGCCAAAGGCUGCAGGAGACCUGGUCCAGCAGGGAGCUUCACCAGACCACCUCUGCCCAGAUCAACAACCUCUGCAGCCUGGCUGAGUUAGAUGUUAAGUCCCGUCACACCAAAAUCCACAAACUGUCAGUGUCCUCCGACUCCUCAGAAGAGUCCUUCCGUACUGUGCUACAAAGGAAGUCUGGCUCAGGCCGUAGUUUGUCUUUCCGUGCACCCUCGGUGGCUGACUCAGCGGCAGAGUAUUUUGACGCAUGUGAUGAGCUUAUGUGUGCCAGCUCUUCUGAGAUGUCCGACGAGUCUGGUCUGAGUGAUGGAUCCAGUAAUUCAGAGCCUGAUGAGGCUCGUGCAAUGGCUUCACGCAAGUACAGGGCCAGCCUUUCAAAGGCAGCGCCAAAAUUGAACAGCGUAAAGAACACCGGACGUCGUACCACUCUGCCUGCAGUCUGCCCUGACAACAGCCACGUCGGAUUGAUGACUAUCCUCUACAACAACAUAGGGAAGGAUCUUUCCCGUGUCUCCAUGCCAGCAGCUCUGAAUGAGCCGGUGUGCCUGCUGCAGAGACUCUGUGAGGAGCUGGAAUACUCUGACCUACUGGACACUGCCAAUCAUACCGAUGACCCCUACCAGAGGAUGGUUUAUAUUGCUGCUUUUGCCAUAUCUGGCUAUGCCACAGCUCAGUAUCGCAACCGUUACAAACCUUUUAAUCCAGUUCUGGGAGAGACAUUUGAGUGUCUCAGAGAAGACCGAGGCUUCCGCUACAUCAGUGAACAGGUUUCCCAUCAUCCUCCAAUAUCUGCGUGUCAUGCAGAGUCAAACAAUUUCAACUUCUGGCAGGACCAGAGAUGGAAGAACAAGUUUUGGGGCAAAUCUUUGGAGAUUAUGCCAACAGGGAUGGUGAAUGUGACUCUAAAAAAAUACGGGGACCACUACGAAUGGAACAAAGUGGUGACGUGCAUCCACAAUGUCCUCACUCAGCAGCGAUACCUUGAGCACUAUGGCGAAGUCAUUAUUCGCAACCUGAAAAGUUCGGUCUGCACCUGUAAGAUCACAUUUGUCAAGUCACGUUACUGGGGUUCAGAUGGAUCCAAAAACGAAGUGCAGGGUCAAGUUCUAGACCAGACUGGUAAUGUCAUUCAUCGUUUUGGUGGAUUUUGGCAUGAAGGCAUCUUCUGUGACACCCUUCCAAAUCCACAGUGUAUCUGGAAGCCAAACCCACAGCCCAAGAACUACUUGAUUUACUAUGGCUUCUCUAGCUUUGCAAUGGAGAUGAAUGAGCUGACCCCUGACCUUAAGCCCCUGCUGCCCCCUACAGAUACACGCUUGCGCCCUGACCAAAGGCUUCUUGAGGAGGGGAAAAUAGAGGAGACCGAUAAAAAGAAGGAUGAAGUGGAGGAAAAGCAAAGAGAAAGGAGGAAAAUUCUAGCCAAGAAAGGAGAGGAGCAUAUCCCUCGCUUCUUCAGGAAAACUUUGGAUGAUGCUGGAAGGGAAGUUUGGAUUUACAACGGAACAUAUUGGAAGAUCAGGGAUAAUCCUGGUUUUGCCAAUAUUAAAAACCUGGAAUUAUGGUGAAGAAGGCAGAUUGCUGCAACACUGUGGACACUGAAUGCCUGUGAUAAAUUCAGUUUGCAUACAGUUUUUGAACGACUUGGAGCUUUUGGGAGCAACGAUGAAUUGCCAAAGGUUUUCGUACUAAACCAAAUCCACUGAGCAAGGAUGAUGCUUUUACCAAACAGCAAGAGGACGGAUACAUUUUGAGCAUUUCUGUUUAAUUUAUGGUUAACGACACCAAAACUUGGUGGACAGUUUGACCUUGUCUUCCACUUUGGAAAAAAUACAAGCCAAAAGGUAAACAAGAAUGUAUGCAAGUUCUGGAGAUGUUUAGUUUUAACAAUUACACACACGCACAUUUCUAUGGACAAUUUUUGAGUUACUUUCACUUUAUGUAAGUACUUACGUGACCGGUGGAAAUUAUUAUUUGAUCAUGUGUAAUAUUCAGAGGAAUAUUAACUAACUUUUUCUUCCAUAAACUCAUCAGUUUCCCAUGUCUCAACCUGAGCAGGAUUGAGCAUUAACUGUAAUUUGGGCCCUUGUUGACUUGUGCUGAAGGUGGUUUCUGAAACUUGGCCACAUCACUUUUAUAUUGCACUUUUUUUUUUUUUUUUUUUAUGAACUAAAUGUCAUAUUUUGAUUUUAGGCAAUGGUAUUGUAUUUAUUGCGAUUUAAGUAUGAAUUAAUCUCACAGUUUCAGUCUAAAGGAGCAUUUUGUGUAGGCUUGGAUAAAACAAAAAUCAGUGUACAGUACAACUUUCAAGUCAUCACUUGUAUAGUUAUUUAAAACCGCAAUAACAUGUACAAUAUUAAAGAAUAAUAAAAAAAAAAAUAAUUGUAUAGUUCAGUCUUUAUUACAUUUAGAAUGAAUCAAAAACAUCAUUUAAUAUUAUAUACAGUGUUUUGACAGCUGUAUCUGAGGCUCAGUUUGCUUGGCUGAGGAAACUUACUACAGAAGCACCUCUUUUAUUAUUAGUAACAUUACUUAAAUUGAUAGACAAGGAUGGUGCCAGUCUGAGAGAAUAACCUAAAUAGGUCCCUGCUAUUGACACUCUAAGAUAUGAGGAGCAUAAUGUCCACCAGGGGUCAGCCAAAACAUGGAUUGACUGCUAAUAUGACAACAACAGACAAUUUGUUCAUUAUUUUCAGUUCACAUCAACAGUAACAAACUUCUCAGUGCAUUUCAGUGUAUAAAAAGAAACCAAACAUAAACAUUACAUUAAAUUAACAUAGAAACACUUUAAUUGCACUUUAAAAUACUAAUUUGUUCUUUAAUGUUGAUUGUCAGUUAAAUAUUUUUUUGUUUAUCAUUUAUGUUUUUUUGUUUAUCAUUGACAAAUUCCCAAUAACUAACCUUAAUAAACCCAUAAGCAAAUUAAUGAAUUACAUUUGUAAAAUAUUACAAAUUUCCCAGCAUCUAAAUUGCAUGGUAUAUGCUAAAUAACUAAGCAUGGUAUCUGAAAAUGAGUUUCUAAUACAGUAAUGGCAUUUUAAAAUAAUGUAGUCUUAACCAUAUUACUCUUGUUUCAUUUGCUUUCGCAUCAAAAUACAUGUAUGAAAAAUUAACAGAGGCAGUUAGAGUCAGUUUGCUGACUUAAAAACAAAAAACAAAAAAAACAAUCCUGUGACCACAGUGUGGCCACAGAAUAUUGAUGCCAUGUUGGUUUUUGCAGCACUUUACAAUUUCUCGAAAACUUCUUUGAACACAGAUGGCAAUGCAUUUUUACGAAUAGUCAUCAUUUUUAAUGGUUUUAUUUUACAAUGGUUUCAUAUUAGAACACAGACCAUAUGCCUAUGUCUGUGUGCAUAUUUGUGAUCAGAAGAUGCAGGAAGCUUCUAUAAAUGGACAGUUCACAGGUUUCCGGUUUGUUCCAGAAGUCUGUGUGUGUCUUCUGCAGUGACAUCUUGUCACCCACUUAUCUGUCUGAGGUCAUUCUCACCUUUGAAUGCCAGCGGUGCCUGAUAGGCUUAGACUGAAGGCUCAUUCUUCCUCUGUGUCACUGAUGUCUGUGUGUGGGCUGUCUGCAUGUUACUCUGUUGUUUGAAUAAAGAUGAUGUAUAGUCAGUCUGAA